GCCGGUUCAUCAGUCACAGAAACACACAGAAGAAGAGGCAGAUGAAGUCUCUCGCGUCAUCCCUUGCUAUUUUUUCCUCGGCUCUCGGCUGGUUUGUGUUGUCCUGUGAAGGAUGUUUAGAGCUUUUCAAAUGAAGAACUCAGUAAAUCUGCUCCGGAUCCACAGGUUGUUGCUGCUUACGCUGAGAGACUCUGCACGUGAACGGACAGUCACUUCAUUGCAACUUUAUGAUAUUCGCAGAUAUACCAGCUUUCAAACCUCACCCACCUCUAUUCAAAACUUCUCUACACUUUCCAGGAGACUCUCGGCUAUUUCGGAUACUUUCAAGGUUGUUCAUCCAUCGAAUACAAUUCUGAUAUAUCUUCCCACUCAGUUUCUGUUAGGUGAUAUUGUUUAUAGGUUUCUUAGCAGAGCGAACAAAGCAAAGACUUUUUUGCUUUUGUGUACAUCCCUGUUAGCACCUCUUUCUGUUCUAGCCUGGAGCAAAUGCAUGUUGCCUUUAAAUGUCGUAACAAAACAUAAAAAACAAAGCAAAGGAGACAUCCUAAGCAUAUCUAACACAGAUGCGGUGCUGUCAGUGGGACAUUUUGAAAGAGAAGCCAGAUCAGUGACUGCAGUCCAAAGCAGUGGGCUCCACACAGAUGCACACCGGUGGAACGCGUCAGACAUGUGUUUGUCCGCAGGAAAUGAGGCGCGAUGCAAGCGCUCCAUGCGACCCAAUGCUGCUCUGUACGAACGUGGAGAAAAGAGCUGGGCGGCAGUGCUGGUGUGUUUGUGUGUUGUGAGCGGGCAGCCCGCCUUGCUCUUCACUCUCAGAUCUGCAAAGUUAAAAGGAAGACACAAGGGAGAUGUGAGUUUUGCAGGGGGCAAGAACGAUGCCUUGGACAGAACUGUUGUUGAUACAGCCCUUCGAGAAGCUUGUGAGGAGCUGGGAAUCCACAUUACGGAAGAUCAAGUGUGGGGCGUUCUUAAACCACUGCGUGACACGUCUGGAAUGAUGAUUGCGCCUGUACUAGCCAAUCUUGGAGCACUGGAAGCACUGUCAUUUAAACCCAAUCCAAGUGAGGUGGAGGAGAUUUUUACCCUUACACUUGAGCAUUUAUGUCAACCACAAAACCGAGGCUACACUCAUUUCCGCACCGGCGACCGUUAUGGCUACACGCUCCCCGUGUUUCACAGUCCCAAGUAUCGAGUGUGGGGUCUUACGGCGGUGGUUGUGGAUCACACGCUUAAACUCAUCGUGUCUCCAAGGCAAGAGUUGGACCACAGUUUGGUCCGGUAGCACUUUCUAAAGUACAACCUAGAGUAUUUUCUUUUUCAAAUCAGUUUUUUGAUAUUCUGUUUUAACUUUGCAACUUUUACCUCUACUGCUAUCAUAAUAAAACCUGAUGAAAUUUU